AUGCAAAUUAGCGUUGGAUUAAUCCAUUGGGACAUGAAGGCGGUGGCCCCGGAGCGUAUGGCUGGCCAAUGGUUCAUCCACCCAGCGCGCCCCGCACUCCCCCAUCCUCUAAUAAUGAACCGUGUCAAGGAUUCUAGGCGCAUAUCACCAAGGGCCGCUCAGCCUCUUUUCUUCCGCCCUUCGAGACCGCUCGCGGCCUGGACAAAUGUCCUUUGGCACGACUGUCAUGCCGCCCUACAACUCGACCGACCCAUCCGCGACCUUUCUCAAUGCUUCCUGUUUCGAUUUUUACUCAUAGAGCUCGUUCCCCUCGCAUACCGUGUCACAAAUGAGCUAGAGCCGCCCUCCGAUCCCGUUCCCGUGGGCGACACGUUCUCUCGGGAGCGGCCUCGCUUCAACGACACUCUCGAUGUCAUCAAAUUCGUGUGCAAAGAUCUAUGGUCCCUUGUCUUUCGAAAACAGGUUGAUAAUCUCAAGACGAAUCAUUGCGGCGUCUACGUACUAACCGAUAACGCCUUUCGUCCCCUCUCGCGGAUGAGCACCGAAGCAGGUGGUCAGGCCGUCGUCAGAGCCGCGCCCUUUCUCCUCGUACCCUGCGGCAUAAUUCGAGGUGCCUUAGCUGCCAUGGGAACGAACGCGACGGUACAAGCAGACGCAAGCAAACUACCUGCGGCCGUCUUCCGAAUAAGGACAAUACCACAAAAGUCUUAG